AUGGAACCUGAAAAUGAGCACAUGGAAGAUGAAGAAAGUAUGGAGAUUGCAAAGCGAAAGAAGCUUGGUGGAAUCAAAACCCUUCCCUUUAUCCUUGCAAAUGAGAUAUGUGACAGAUUCGCCGCUACCGGAUUCCAUGCGAAUUUGAUAACAUACUUGACCCAACAACUCAACAUGCCAUUGGUCAAGGCAUCCAACACACUCACCAACUUCAACGGCGUCGCUAGUUUUAUGCCCAUCAUCGGUGCACUCGUCGCCGAUUCUUUCGCCGGUCGUUACUUGACCAUCAUCAUCGCCUUGCUCAUCUACGAGCUGGGAAUGAUCAUCAUUACUGUAUCAUCAAUCUUGCCUCAAUUCCGGCCACCGCAAUGUCCGACCCAAGUCAACUGCAAAGAAGCGUCGUCAUCUCAACUAUGGGUGCUGUAUAUCUCCCUCCUCCUUACCUCAGUCGGGUUAGGAGGAACUCGGCCGUGUGUCGUUGCGUUUGCUGCUGAUCAACUUGACGUAUCCAAAUUGAAAACACAAGCAAAAACAACCAGCUGGAAUUUCUUCAACUGGUACUACUUUUUCUUGUCGCUCGCAAGUUUAUCUGCUCUUACGGUGGUUGUGUAUAUCCAAGAUAGGGUGAGUUGGGGUUGGGGACUUGGGAUUCCAACGAUAGCAAUGGGUAUUGCAUUCGUAGCAUUUUUAGUAGGUUCUCCGCUUUAUCAGAAAAUAAAACCACAAGGAAGCCCGUUUGUUAGACUUGCUCAAGUGAUCGUUGCUGCAACAAAGAAAUGGAAAACCGUGGUGCCUUUGGAUGAUAAUCUUCUUUAUCAGAAUAAAGAGCUUGAUGCAAGUAUUUCUAAGGAUGGACGACUUGUUCACACAAAUCAACUGAAGUGGUUUGAUAAAGCUGCCAUAGUUAGCGAUGAAGACACCGAUCUCAUUUCAAACUCACCAAAGCUCUGGCGAAUCGCUACUGUCCACAGAGUUGAAGAACUAAAAUCCAUGAUUCGAUUGUUGCCAAUCAUAUCAACGGGAAUAAUAUAUGUAAUGGCCUAUUCACACCAAGCUAGCUUCACCCUCACGCAAGCUCGCACCAUGGAUCGCCAUCUCUCCCCCUCAUUUGAAAUCCCUCCGGCAAGCAUGGCUGUCUUUGGUGUCAUUGGCACACUUGUUACUCUAGCAUUAUACGACCGUGUAUUCGUCCCCUUUGCAUAUCGCUUCACAAAAAACCCUUCAGGAAUCACAUGUUUACGAAGAAUUGGUGUAGGUUUUGUCGUAAACAUUCUGGCAACAUUUGUGGGAUCAUUUGUGGAGAUUAAAAGAAAACAAGUAGCAAGAAAUCAUAACUUGCUCGACAAGCCAACUGUAAUGAUACCCAUAAGUGUGUUUUGGUUAGUUCCUCAGUAUUCACUUCAUGGUGUAGCAGAAGCGAUGUUCCACGUUGGUAAACUCGAGUUUCUUUAUGAUCAGUCGCCGGAAAGUAUGAAAAGCACGGCGUUGGCUCUUUACUGGAGUGCAAUUGCAGUUGGACAGUAUGCAGGGACGUUAAUGGUGACCAUGGUUCAUAAGUACACUAAUAAAAACGGGAGAAAUUGGCUGCCUGAUCGGAAUUUGAAUAGAGGUAGAUUGGAAUACUACUACAUGCUAGUUAGUGGGAUUCAAGUUUUAAACCUUUUUUAUUAUUUUGCAUGUGCAUGGUUUUAUACUUAUAAGCCAUUGGAAGAGCAUGCAAAAAGCAAAGAAGAUGGAGAUUUGGAGUUAGUCGUAGAUAACGCUACAAUUUGA